AUGUUUCGCAAGUGCAUCAAUGUUAGAAAGUCGUUGACACAGGGAUCGAAAAGGAUCUAUCAACUGCUGCCCUCAACAGCCAUGGUGACGUACCUCGGACCCGAUAUGCGCAAGAUCGACCAGGUGCAUCGCCAGAAAGGCUACUUCACCCCCUCCGAGGUGGCGGAGGUGUUCAUUCCCCUGGUCCCAACGUUUCCGGUGGAGAGUCGGCAUGUCAUGGCGAUGGUGCCACCGGAGAUCUUGAAGCAGAUCGAAAAGGUGGCAGGCUCGACCUCCACGCUGGCGCAGGUGGUGUUUGAGCACUACCCGAUGCUCUUUCACUAUACGCCAAAUCGCUACCGGCCGGCGGUCGUGCAGCUGAACUCGGGGUUCUGGUUCGUGCGCCAGCAUCCAGGGUAUGGAAAGGCAGAUCGCGCCUUAUCGCAGUUCAGGUCCCACGCAUUGGUGGACUUUGAUGCACCCGACACUGGCGAUGACGCGGCCGGCGUGGAGCCGCUCUAUGCGGCCUCGGAAAAGGCUGCCGCCGAGGUGGCUCCCUCGCUGCGUGGGCGAGCGUAUAGUCCUUCGCAGCGGAGGCCGUGGAGUAUCGAAAUACUUGCCGUUCUCGUCCGCAACCUUCCGCGCGUGCCGACGCCGAAGUGUUCGUCACAAGAUAUGACCAGCAGAACAGCGGUGUCACCGAGCGACGGAAAACCGCUUGUGCGGGAGCGCUACCGACCGCUGAACCUCGUCGAAUGGAUCAAAGACUUCCCUCCCGACGACCUCGCGUUUGUGAAGAAAGCACGCGAAACUGCUGUGGUACAGCUCAUUACACAGUAUGUACAUGUGUUUCAGCUAAUGAGUCUGAAGAAGGGCGACCACAACCUGUUUGUUGAAGGGCAUGUGCUUCUUUCAGGGGGAACCGGCAGCAAAUGGAAAGCGGAUGUGGUAGACCCUCCGGCCUCCACUGCGUCCGCCAUGGCGGGCAUCGAAAACGGUGACGAGGCUUCUCCGGCGCGUGAAGCGGGCGAGGAGGAUAUCAUGAUGGCCGGUUGGUGGUCUGUCGACAGUGCUGACGCUCCUAAGGAUUCUGGCAACGCUGCGCAUGCUGCCAAGUCGACUGCGGUGGGCAACGCCAAGUCCACCGUCGACGACCGAGAAAGGGCGUUCAAGCAAGCGGUGACGGAGGAGCUGAUUGGAUUGGACGGUCUUGUUGAGGAUCGCGGAGGCGUUGCGACCGAGCUGGACUCGGAGCGCGAUGCCAUCGACAUUGGCGAAGACGCUGAUGAGACAGGGGACAGUGCGUUAGGAGAGAACGACCACGGGGAGGUGGAUCAGCACGGAGGCAACGCGGAUGACAUCUACCGAGAUAGCAGAGGCAACGACGACCCGGGCUCACCGUCGUUGCCGCACGAGGGGUACUCGCAAUCGCAGCGGGCACCUCCGAGAGGUGCAUCCAUCGAUGGUGUAACGGCAUUUGGCUUGCCUCUCGAAGAAAUCUACAUUCGGCGCCUUCCACCAGAUGUGGCGCCUCGAAGUCUUAGUGACUUGGACGAAACCACGUCGCCCGAUCCAGAGCUGCUCUCGAUCGCGGCAAGCUUCCUCGCCUCGCCGCCUUCGCUGCAGUCGCCCACUGCUGACUGCUUUUUCCGUCGCUGCCGGCGGAAACGGUGGCGGGUGGUGAACGCGGUGGAUGAGGUAUGGCGUUGGGUCGCAGUGGAGCGUUUGUAUGCGGGGUUCACAGUGGAGCAGCGAAGCCACCUCCGUGAGCGUUACCGAGGACUGGUUGGUUUUCUGCGCUACCACGGCAAAGUGUUCGAGCUCAGCGGCGAUCUGAUGUACGUCAUCGCACAUGACCCAAGGGGCGCCAUGGCGCCUAUUCCACCCAUGGAACGCGCGUUUCGCUAUGCUAAUCGUGUGAUUCUGCCAGAGGACUUCGAUGACAAUCCAGACCGAUCCGCCUCCCUCCUCGGCGAGGCCGAGCGGAGGAAGUUCGUGCGGGUUCUCGGGGAAGGUGCGAUACCAUCCUUCCGGCGUCACCUGCUGCUUCUGGACCCUGAUAAUCCGCUAAUGCAGCACGAGGUACUCUAUGACGAGAUCGCCAACCUUCUGCCAGACCACCCUGUGCCCUACAUUGAGAUGAUGGCGAAGCUACCGCCGCUGAUACGUGCAGCUCUUCCGCAGGCACUCAACUUGGGUGCCAGCAAGCGCGUCGAUGUGUACGUUGAGAAGGGCAGAACAAUGAUUCGAAAAAAGACGGCAGCUCAGCCAGACGCAGCACUGGCGGCGUCGCGCCCACAGACGAGUGUGGAGGAGGCCAUUGCUGAACUACUUCAACUGCCAAUUGGCGAGGACGGCAUUUCGAUCAAGGCGCUUGUCGGUAUGCACUUAUCCGUGCCUGCCACUAAUACCUUGUCGGACCACUUCGGCUCCGUCGGACGCGCAGUGCGCAUGCUGCCACAGUAUUUCGAAGUCUGGGAAGAUAAUAGCGUUGCGCGCAAAAGGAUAGUGAUGGUCCGCCUGCGCCAUUGA